AUGCUCCGGCAUUCCCUGCUGAGGCUUUCGGCUCUCCCCGGGCGAGUCGCUCCCCAGCUCCGGCACGCGCCGCGGGCAGCCGACAUCCUUUCCCCCCCGCUGGCGGGGGCCGGCCCUCGGGCCGGGGCUUGGUCCGCUGGCGGGGCCUUCCCCGGCGCGCGGGCUUUCUACGCGUCGGCCCUGGCCCAGCCGGCCCCGGUCCCGUCCUCCGAGGAGCCCGCGGCCCCGGCCGGCGGCGUGGUCUUGGACAAGCCGUCGGUCGAGUCGCUGGUGGCCGCCGCCUCGCGCGAGAUCCACCCCUACGACAAGAUGUCCUUCAUCGGCUCGCAGCCGCCCCUCUCCGGGCCGCUCUGCAGCUCGGACACCGUCUGGUCGCAGGCGCCGCGCGUCAACGGCCUCCGGGACCUGGUCUCCACCUACAUGGAGCUGACCAAGUUCCGUCUGUCCAUCUUCGUCACCCUGUCGGUGUCGCUCGGGGCGCUUACCUGCCCGGCCCUGGCCAUCGAUGCGACCACCCUGGCUGCCACCUCGCUCGGGACCUUCCUCUGCGUGUCGAGCGCCAACUCUUUCAACCAGCUCCUCGAGUACACCUAUGACUCCCAGAUGAAGCGCACCAGCAACCGGCCGCUCGCCAUCCGGAAGAUCUCCCCCGGCCACACGGCUUCUUAUGGUGUUGCCGCCGGUCUCCUUGGCGGAGCCAUGCUCAGCGCCAUUAACCCGCUGACCGCGGCCCUCGGCGUCGGCAACAUCCUCCUCUACUCCGGUCUCUACACCUACAUGAAGCGGACAUCCCCCUUCAACACGCACGUUGGUGCGGUGGUCGGUGCUAUUCCCCCGCUGAUGGGCUACACCGCCCUCAGCAACGCGCCGCUGGAGCUCUCCGCCUACUCGAUGUCGGCGUACUCCUUCCUGCUGCUGUACCUUUGGCAGUUCCCCCACUUCCACGCCCUCAGCCAUGGAAUUGUCACGGACUACACGCGUGCCGGCUAUCAGAUGCUCACCACCUUCGACAUGCGCAAGGCCUCCCGGUCCAUCAUGUACAGCUCCGCCGUGCGUAUCCCCUGCCCCCCAUCGGUGUUGGUGUUCCUCAUCGCCGGCGUCUGCCAUCCCUCCCCUGGUUAUGCACCGGAUCACUGA